CAAGAAAAAACCAAAGGGUUGAAAGAAGAGAGAGAGAGCCAAUAAUUUUUUCCAUCAAUUUUCCUCUCCAUUUCUCUAGCUUUUCUUUUUUCCUUUGAAUCCAAAUCAAAGGAAAACAGAAAAUAUCAACAUCCCUUUUCCUCUAUUCCUCCAAUUCUUUAUAACAACAAUAAAAGAUGGGUUGUGGGGAAUCAAAGCACGCAGUUGCAACAGAAAAUGCCACCGUUCCAAAGAACAAGAGAUCAUUGAGUUCUAAAUCCAAUGGAGAAACUCAAAUUUCUCAAGAAAGUGUCAAGAAAAAUACAGAAAAUGGAGAAUCUGGGGUUGCAGAAACGGCGAAAACAAGUGAUGAGAAAGUAGAGGUUAAAGCCAAGGUGGAUGAGGCAACUGCACCCAAAGUGGUGGCUGUAGAAAAAGAAAAAGCUAAAGAAAAGUCUGAGAAGAAAGAAAUGGUGGGAACAACAGAGGAGGUUUUUGCUGAAAAGAAGGAAGAAAAAGUUGUGGAAUCUCAACCUGGAGAGAAGAAGAAUUCAAAUGAUGAAACAACUCCAGCUGUUGCUGCUGUAGAUAAGACAGAAUCAGUUGAAGAGAUUAAUGUGCAAGACAAAGCUGAGGAGACCAUUAAGCCAAUCGAAGAAGAGAAAAAGAAGGAAGAAGUUACCGCUGUUACUGAGGCCACAGAUGCUGCUAAAUCAGAAAGUGCCAAGGAUGCUGAUAAACCAGAAAGUGCCAAGGAUGUUGAUAAAAUAGAAACUGUCAAGGAUGCUAAUAAGCCAGAGACAGAGGAAAAGCCAAAUGAGAAGAAAGCAACUGAGACAUCAACAACAACAGAUUUGAAAACAGAUUAAACUGCAGGCAUGGACACAGGGAAGAGGGCUAUUUAUUAGUUUAAUCCUUGCUUUUUUAAAGCUUGUUAUAAUUUCCAGCUUUAAGUAAACAUAUUUGUUCGAUCUGUACUCGGAUGGCUGCUAUACUACUCUGUUCUGCCUAUUAUAUCCCAUUUCAUCAAAAUCUACUUCUCUUUGGUAUUGUGAUGGGAAUAAAUUAUUGUCAAAACUUGUGAGUUGUGACUGCCUAUAGUUUAUCAUUCAAUAAUUUUUCAGUCUUAAAUAUGAAUAUGGUUUUGUUCC